CCAAUAUUUGGAAUUUUUUACUAUGACAACACUCGGGAUCUUUGCUCCAGCGACCAAGACCAUCCUACCACCUAGUACCGUAGCUGCAGGACCUUGUGCGAUGUCUUGCAUCUUGGCUAGCUAAACCAAUCUCGUCCCCCGCCUCGAGUCUCAUCCAUCCUUCCAUUCGAUCUCACAAAAUCAGAAUCAAGCAAAAGCAAAAGCAAAAGCAAAGCACCACAAAAAGCAGAAACUUUAACAAAAGAACUCAAAUCCAAAACAAACCAUGAAGCUCUCUUUGAUGAAUCUGUUCCUUCUCGCGGCCCCAGUGACCGCUCGAAUUGGAUCCAAUGGCGGCGUCGCCGCUCCCCUCCUUCGUUUGUUGCAUGUCGCUCAUACGUGUCCACUGGCAGGAGAGAGUUGUGCAAGCCUGCAAAAUACAAUCUGUUGUGGGCCUAAUAAUAUUCUCGACGAAACGAAUAGCAAUUGCGUCAAUGAGGACUUGUCUCCCUGUGAAGCGUCUUAUACCUGCAUCGAUGGAACCUGUCAAGAAAAUUGUCUCCACGAGGGUGAAUCGAACUGCGGUGCCGCGGUGAAUGGUUGUUGCGUUGGCUCGGAGUGUAUGGAGGAUGGAAUUUGCAAGAGCUCAUUCGCUGUAGCCGAAUACGUGUCUCUUGGAGGUUCCUGUAAUGAUUUGGACUUGUCUUGCGCCGAUGGUCUCAUUUGCGAGGACAAUGUGUGCAAGGAGUUGUUCCAUCCUGGUGGAUUUGCCCGCGAAGGUGAAAUUUGCGACAAUGCUACCGGUGCCGUAACUCCCUGCGAGGAACACCUGGUUUGUGGUGAGUCUGGUACCUGCGAGCUAGUGGAACUUGAAGGCAACAACACGACGGACCUGGAUAGUUGUGCUGAAGAGAUGGAGGAAUGCAACCCCAUCACCCUUCCUUGCUGCAACGGCGAAUGCCAAGGAUACACUGCCGGCAGUGAAUUGAACGAUGGAGUCUGCCAAGUCAUCUAGACCUACGACUGUAUACCUGGUAAGAGGUUUGAAAGGAUGUGCUGUAGUUAUGCUGUAGUUCUUGGACUUCAUACAUGUAUGUGCGGCCGAAUGCAAACACGCAAGCGGAGAACGUGAGGUGGAUGAAACGAGCGAGACGAGGAGAUAGAAAAGGUAGCCUUCAUGCAUGAUGCUCCACUUUAAGAGUAAAGUGAAAAAAUUGGAUCAUACACGGUACCGGUAGUCUACUGCCGUGCCUUAGCU